AUGCAGUCACUCGUUCUCUUAGGCCUUUUGGGCAGCUCCGCCCUCGCUCAUCCUGCUGUCCAAAGCAGCAACAAGAAGACAUGGAAGCCAUCGUUAUCGAAGAGAUUGGUUGAUCUCAACCAAUACCGCCUGGCUACCACUGCUACAUACACCAAUGCGACUGAGACAAUUUCCAGCCCGGACACGAAGCUGAUCAAGCGUGACGACUAUGUCGCUACCGCCACUGCCCUUGUCAAGACAGUUUCUCCCAAUGUCGAGUUCAGAGUCUAUGACAGCUACAUCGGCACAAACGGCAUAGGUCAUGUCUACUUCCGGCAAACUAUCUUCGGUCUUGAUGUUGACAACACGGACUUCAACGUGAAUAUCGCCAAGGAUGGCUCCGUUUUUUCCCACGGUAACAGCUUCUACACUGGAGCUUUGCCAGAGAGCAGCCCCUUGAAGAAGCGUGAUUUCAAGGACCCAGUAGCUGCUCUCAGCGCCGCAAACUCCAUCCUGCAGCUUGAUGUCAAGACUGAAGGCGCCACCGCUGAGGCAAAAGACGGUGUUGAGACUUACAACAUUGCUGGCACAUCGGGAGCUCAGUCCGACCCCGAGGCACGUCUUCUGUACUUCGUCAAGGAUGACGGUACCCUGGCGUUGACAUGGAGAGUCGAGACUGAUAUCUCGAGUGAUUGGCUGUUGUCGUACGUCGAUGCUGUGACGACCGAGAAGGUCUACGGCGUGGUCAACUAUGUUGCUCAAGCUCACAGCCAUGAGAAACUGGUUCCUAAGCAGGCCGAUAUUAGCGCCACCUACCUGGUUUAUCCAUGGGGUGUGAAUGACCCUGACGAGGGCGGCCGCGUGGUUGUCACCAACCCCUGGGACCUCAAAGACUCGCCCUUGACCUGGCACAAUGAUGGUUCCAAGACUUAUGACACAACCUGGGGAAACAACGCUGCCGCUCAAGCAAACCCUACAGGUGCGACGUGUGAUACCUGUUAUACGGAUGAUUAUCGCCCCGAGUCAGCUACCUUCGACUUCGAGUAUGAUUACUCACCAUCCAUGACCGAUCCUACCAGCUACUAUAAUGCAUCGAUCACCCAGCUGUUCUACACAGUGAACACCUACCACGAUCUCCUCUACGAGCUCGGUUUCACUGAAGCGACGUAUAAUUUCCAGGCCGACAAUGAAGGCAAGGGCGGCAAGGGCAGCGACUUUGCCAUUGUCAAUGCUCAGGAUGGUGCUGGCACAAACAACGCAGACUUCAGCACACCUGCUGACGGCAAGCCCGGACGGAUGCGCAUGUACUUGUGGACCGAGAGUGACCCAGUGCGUGACUGCACCUUUGAGGCCGGUGUUGUCAUCCACGAGUAUACUCACGGCGUGUCCAACCGCCUGACUGGCGGAGGCACUAAUACCAGGUGUCUUACCGGUGUCGAGUCAGGUGGUAUGGGCGAGGGCUGGGGUGACUUCAUGGCGACCGCCAUCCGAUUAAAGGAAGGCGACACAAGGGCCACCGACUACUCCAUGGGUGCGUGGGUUUACAAUAACCCCGCUGGAAUCAGAGCCUACCUGUUCAGCACCAACAUGAACACCAACCCUUACACUUACGCGAGUGUGAAUGGCAAGACCGAGGUCCACAGCGUCGGAACCAUCUGGACCACAAUCCUUUACGAGGUUCUGUGGAACCUCAUUGACAAGCACGGCAGCAACCCGGCUGCUAAGCCGACUUUUGAUAGCGCUGGUGUGCCCACCGAUGGACGCUACCUCGCUAUGAAGCUUGUCAUUGAUGGCAUGUCUCUGCAACCUUGCAACCCAACCUUUGUCUCGGCCCGUGACGCCAUUAUUGACGCGGACUUGGCCCUGACUGGCGGUGCUAACGCCUGCGAGCUCUGGACCGGAUUUGCCAAGCGAGGUCUCGGCCAAGGGGCUGUGUACAACUCUUCAAAGCGAACCGAGAGCUUCGUAGUCCCCACUGGCGUUUGCUAG